AGCAUCGCUUCGAUGCUGGCACAUCCGACUCGCGCUACUGCGAUGUAUAUCAAUGAAACUCCAAAGCAUGCUGUAGCUAUAGGCCACGAUACCUCUGUGGGACCGAGCAGCAUUUGCAGUUUCAUUCAACAGGCAUCGAAUGAAAUCCAAUGGUUCUCUUCAUGACAAAAAGCUCAAAGGAUGAAUGACAAAUAAGUCAGACCAGGAACCGGCCUGUCGCUCAUCUUGUCACCAAUUCACACUCAUUCUUGGGUCCGACAACAUGUAUUUACUUACUCUCACAGAUUAGGCUGACAAUGUUCGGGUACCUCUUCCUGGACUAGACUCCCUGUGACUGCUGACCGACGGAAGUCAAUAUAGUCUAAGGAUGGUCAGCCUCUUGCAUGCCCCAGUAUAUGGUGCGGAUGGCUGGCAAUGUAUCUGUGUUCUUCUCUUCUUCUCAUUCCACCACCGACGGCCCUUCGCAAGUCUAAGCAAUGGCCUUCUUCGCAAAGAUCAAGAUUCUCCUUCGCCGCAAUCGCCCUUCUAUAGCACAUCCUCACGGUGCUCGUCACAUAUCCUCACAUCCCUGCGCGGAUCCACCACUUAUCGAAGCAAGUUGCGCUCUCAAGCCUCCACAGAACACCUCAGUGGAGGCAUCCAGAGCCUCAUCGCUACUCACUCUCGCCAAAGCAGCACAAGGGCAGGAUGCGGAACUUGUAUAUCCUCGACUAUUUUUCUGCGAGAUACUUCUUCCCACAAUUCGUGUCCAACGCCCAUUGACAACAGGAGUCUUGGCCAGUUUCAUGGCAGACAUGAUGUCAGAUGGGAUUUCCAUUCGUGAUCUCAAUCGUCUCCUCAAUAUAGACUGUGGAGAAUACGCAUCUGGAAUUUUACCUCUCGAUGUGACAGUUCCCUCGCGCAUCAUCAGGGUAGAGCAGACGGCCAUCUCUCCCGAAACGCAAGAGGGAGCAUUUGCCACAAUCGAGCUCUCAUUCAUCGACAGCUUGGAUCUCGACAACAUUUCCAGUGUCUCGAGCCCUUCUCCGUCUGCAUUCAUCACCGAUGAAUCCACUCUCGUAUCAUCAACUACCAUCUCUCCCAAGUAUUCUUCAUAUCAAGCCUCUGAUUCAGUAUAUUCCCUUUCCGCACUCCCGUCGUUCCCGGACGAUACAUAUCCCACCUUUCCUCUCCCUGCUGUAUCUGUCUCCUCAUCUUUGGAGGAAACGUCUGCCUUUCCUCCACCUGAUGGCCAACUCCAACUUCGAGACUUCAACAUAGUCCGUCCACUAGGGGCUGGCGGUUUCGGUACUGUCUAUCACGCACGUCUGAAGAUGACAGGUGGACAUGUUGCUGUAAAGGUCAUGAAGAAGCGAGUAGGUUCUUCUCGCAACGGUCUUCCUCACUCGAGUACUACGGGAGAAGAUGUAUUUGGACCUGUACUUCGAAGUGAUGACCAGCACAGAUCUAUGGGCACUGCAAGUUUGAGGAACUGCGCUGCGGGAUUGGACGAGUUGAUUGCGAUGAGGCGGUCGGAGGGAAUCAAGGAAGUCGUGGAACUACUUGGGAGUUGGCACGAUAGCCAGAACUUCUAUCUGGUUAUGCCCUUCUGCCCGGGUGGAGACUUACAGUUCCUAUUGGACAAACGCGGCCAAUUGCCUGUGGAACAUGCCCGAUUCUGCAUUGCUGAUAUACUUAAUGGUCUCACCGCUCUUCACUCUCGCGGCAUCAUCCACAGAGACAUUAAGCCUGCCAACAUCCUGAUCGGUUCAGAUGGCCGGAUGAAGAUAGCAGAUCUAGGUCUCGCUCGCUGCUUCGAAAACCAUGCUUGUGAGUUCGAGAAGUCAAUCGAUCCACUGGCAGCAUCUGGGGGACAGGAUGACCUGUGCAAUGGCAUGUUCUCUGAAGUGACCGCGAAGGGGUGUGGAACUCCGGAGUAUGCUGCUCCUGAGCUUUAUCACGGGCACCUGUACACGUAUGGCGUGGACAUUUGGGCUCUGGGAGUCAUGAGUUUCAAGAUGCUGUUUGGUCGUUCACCAUGGGAUAAAACGGACAUACAAUCUUUGGCAGAGAGUAUUAUGACAGGAACGAUCAGUAUCGAGAAGUGGGAGCGAGCACUGUAUGGUGUUCCAGAAGAUGCAGAACUUUUCAUUCGACGAGCGUUGGACAUGGAUCCUGGUACGAGACCGACAGCGACUCGUCUCAAAUCACAUCCAUUUUUCAAACCAUUCGAUUGGGAAGGCUUAGCAAACAAUACGUUGAUGGCACCAUGGAUUCCUGGUGCCUGCAAGCCUUUCUCUCAGGGAACAAUGUCUCCUAUCGACGUCGGUGUUCCUUUGAACAUCGACGAUGACAUCGUUCCCUAUUUCAACUACAUUUCUCCUCAACUCGCCGAUGCACCUUCCACUCUUCCUGUUCUUGCUUCUUCCACUUCGCUGCCUGAUUACAUCCAUGCUCCGCCUUUUCCGCCUCUGAUUGGAUACCCACUUGACUCUGCCCCGUCCUCGGCUUCCGGCAUUCACCUACCCAGUGUCCCUUAUUAUGGUGAAAUGGAACUUCCUCACGAAGGUUCUGGUCUUAAUAAGCCAGACAACGUUGAUGACUAUGUCACCAACCUCUCUCGUGAAGAAUCCAGAUCACUGUCCUUCUCUAUUCCAAACUGGGGCACUCCGGCUGGAUUCGAUAAGGGACCCCGGUCAGUUCAACAAGCCUCCUUCGACGUCAUGAACCUUGUUGGGAGGGAAGACUCUGGUUCUUUGCCAUUCCUACGCUACAGAAAUCAUCAUCAGGAUACCUUCCCGCCAGCGCAUAGUCCACCUUGCACCGAAGAUGACAAGCAUCCUGUGUCUAACUCACUGCGCGAUAGUUCAAGCUCCGUCGCGCACGCAAUGUACUUCGACCCACCCACUCCAUUUCUCUCACUGUCCAACAACACAGAUACAUCUAACGUCGUCUCCGCGCUGUCGAUCGAAGAUGAAUCUAUGACAUCGCCUCAAACCGAACAUCCUCAAGACAACACUACAGACCUGGCCGUAUAUAUCGUACAUGACACCAUCCCUGUGUCUUCUCAUUCAAUGCCAAAGAAUCUCGUCAAGGAGUAUCAACCGCCCACGCUCGGUGAAGUUAGAUGCACUUCAGGCAUAACCGUAAAUACACGUGAGGACUUUGACCAUGGCAACUCCUCGUCUAUCGGAGACACUUCUACCUCUGGUAGUUCAAGUUUCUCAUCGCUGGAUUCGGCGUCCUCGAUUCCUCUUGUUAUUGUGACGAUCGCAGAAGUCUCCUCGUUAACAGACGCUAUUCCCCUCUGCCGCUCUUCUCUACCACCUAGUUUCUCAGCCUCGUCUUCAUUGCAUAUAUUCCCAAUUGUCUCGAAACAGACCCCCGUGCUUAGAAUCUUCUCUUGUUUCAAGAAAUUAGGGACGUCGUUCUCCAAUCUCCGCCAUCGGUAUCUUCUCUGACCAUAAUUUCUCACUAUUCUUAUUUCUUAUCUAUGUGUUUUCUCUCUUGUUUCUUCUCUGUCAUCGUCAAGUUUAUCUCAACGUCCUCGCAUUCCAUUCCUUUAUCGUUUGACUCCUGCAUACUAGUUGCUUGCAUUUUAGUUUCGGUCAUAUAAUAUCUUGCACAUAGCAUGUAAUGUCAUGUAUCGUCAUCCUUUUAUUUCUGUAGGCUAUGUAUAUUAAUGCUUUUUGGAAAGCCAUUAUCCUACCUGGAUGAGAAUCCUG